AGCGUCAGUGGACUAAAACAGCAAGUAAUAAUAGUCGGAUGGAUAUAUUUAAAAACAGAAUGUAAAGUUCAUCGUUUCAGAAACUUCAAAUGGCUUCAGUUUCUUCUUCUCUUUGUUUUCAGUCACUCGGGAGAAGAACUCCACCCUGCAAUUCCAUACCCUAUAACAACUCUAAAGGAAUGAGAAAUUGGAGAAAUCAGUCAAUUGUUCAGUGCAGCCAGAGAACUACUCACAAUUGUUCAGGUAAUUGCAUCGAAGAGGAAGAACAAUCAAAGAACACAAAAAGGAGAGAAGCUUUAAUUCAGAUAGCCACAUUUGCUGCAUUUUCUUACUCUCCAUUCAUUGGUUCUGCUGCAGCAGCAGAAGAGAAGGACAAUUUUCGGGUUUAUUCAGAUGAAACAAAUAAAUACAAGAUUAUGGUCCCUGAAGAUUGGCAAGUUGGUCAAGGAAAGAACAACGGAAUCAGAGCUUUAACUGGAUUUUACCCACAAGUUGCUUCUGAAUCCAAUGUUAGUGUUUUUAUCACCUUGCUUGGUGCUGACUUCACAAGAAUGGAAUCUUUCGGCAAAGUUGAAGAGUUUGCCGAGACUCUGGUUAGUGGACUAGAUAGAAGUUGGCAAAACCCUCCAGGUGCAGCCGCAAAACUUGUCGCCUGCAAAUCUUCAAAUGGGUUUUAUAAUAUCGAAUAUACACUACAAAAACCAGGUGAGAGUUGCAGACACAUAUUUUCCAAGAUCGGGAUGGCUAACAACGGCUAUUACAACAGAUUGUUUACUGUAACAGGGCAGUUUAUGGAAGAAGAAACAGACAAAUACAGUUCCAAUGUUCAGAAGACUGUAUCAUCCUUCAAGUUUACUUGAGUAACAUGGUGAGGUUCUUUAAACAUACAGAACCAGAACUGAACUUGAACAGUAAAAGUUCGAAUGGAGAAGUUUGUGGGGGACGAGGUUCUGUGAAGAAUCAAGGCUGGUGAUGAGAUGUAAGGUCCCGAGGAGCAGAAGCAAAAACAAAACUCUCACAGAGUAGUUAUUUCUUCUAAUCUCAUGUAUGAAUAUACCAUAUAGAGGAUGUACUUUGGUGCAAUUGAUCCAGCUUUGUGGAUCCAAAUCCACAGCUACAACUUUUUGCCCACGUCUAACUGAAAGCUAAAUAAGUAGAUUGUACAAACUAGCAACAAUGAGAACAUACAAGCGCAUAAACAGUGUGCAAGAUGUGAAGGUUGUAUCUUGUUUCAAAUUGCUAUAGUUCAAAUGGAUCAUUUUCAGAGGUCAAUUCUUUACAAUGAA